AGAGAACUUCCUGUCCUUUUUUGACGGCAACAAACAUAGCUAGAUAGCGAAAAUGGAAAACGGCAACUACAUUGAUACUUUAGAGACCCGUAUUCAAACACUGGAAAAGCGUGUAUAUGGAGAAAAAGGAGGUCGGAACACCAAGCACGUCAAGUGCGCUGAUUCAAUGGCGAGGAUCCACGCUGCUCUCGGAAGUACAGCGAACAAGAGGGAGCGAGUGAAAAUUUUGCACAAAAAGAUUGAAGACCUGAUGAAAUAUCUGGACCCACAGUUCACUGACAAUAUGGCUGUCCCUGAUGCCAUGAAACUGGAGUUCGUUCUGGCUGAAGAGGAGUUCCUGUUGACCCAGGCCUCUUUGCUGGAGCAGGUCAGCAAGCUGCAGCCACUCCUGGACAGCAAUUACAUCAGAGAUGUCCCUGAGCACACUACCAAACUCCAGCGCCUGUCUCAGAUCCACAUCAAACAGCAGAACCAGAGUGAGACACUGUCCAAGGAGGUGAAGAAGCAGUUUGAAGAUUACAACAAGAUGAUGUUCCUGCUGUCCAAACAGUUCUCCCAGUGGGAUGAAUCCGUCCGGCAGCUAGAGGGAGCCACACAGGUCAAACCUGUGGAGUAGUGAUGUCACCGCACCUUGCCAUAAAAGGGUUAUCUUUUCAGGGGAAUGGUUAUUAACCGGAAAACUGAGACCUUAUCCCUCCCCCUCUUUACCAGCUUACUUAAUGGCCCAGGCGUUACAGUUACUCUUAUUCCAGAAACUGAAGUAUAACUCAUUUUUGUGUGCAAAAGCAGAUUGUAUUCUAUUCUGUAGUUCUUCUAAUAUGACAAGUGUGUCAUCUGUCUGCUACUGCUACUACUCUGAAAUACAUUGCAAUGUAUAUGUUUAUUUAUAUGCUUGUCUUGUUUUGUGGAUGUUCAUGACUGAAAUUUGACUGCAUAUAUAAUUAUUAUUUCUAAUAAUAAUGGUCAUUUUAGGGGACUUGAAGUGAAUGUGUUUUGGAACCACUGAGAGGUAUUCAACAAGGCCCUUGGACCGCACACACGCACUUGCUUUUUCAUGGGGGGGUACUGCAGAAUCGUGUGGAACAUGCCUGCCCUUGUAUUUAUUAUUAUGAAGGCCAAGAGUGAAAAGAGGUUGGCUCCUUUAAGGGCCCUACAAAUCCCUUCAACACACUUGAGAUAUUUUAAAAGGAUGUGAAUAAAAUAAGUUUGAACUUUG